CCUGACAUGAGUGGAGUCGCUGAUCUUGAUUGCAGUUUCCUUGAUGUUGACGAGGACAGCAAUGAGGAAAACUCUGAUGACGAGGGCCCUAUUGCUCAAUUGCAAGCGUCUUUGAUGAGCAGUGAGGAUAAUGCCCUUGACUUGGAGAUUCAGGAACCUGAAGAUGACUUGGAGGUUGACCAUACCGUCAUGGAAGAAUUCCAAGACCAAAGAAAUGAAGAACUACCUGUGCAGCCAACAACUGUUACUGAGGACAUGGUUGAUGGGGAAGUGUUUGAUCAGGUUCCAAACAAAAGGUUGCUUGCCGAUGGAUAUGAGCGCCAGUUGGAGAGUGGAAUGUCUGCUGCUGACGAAGACCUCCUUGCCGAUCAGCUGUUUGUUUGCUCUUUGUCCAAGUGCAAGGAACUUUUCAAUGGCAAAUACAGAGAACAGUUGUGUCAGAUCUGUGGGGCUGAUGUUUUAACGGAUCAUUUCUUUGUGGGGGGUACACUUGUCCUUCGACAGAAGUGCUGCAUUAAGCCCCGUCAUGUACAGAAUUCUUGGCAGUCCAGCCACAAGGACACUGGUAUUUAUACCACAAAUUUAUUACUCAUGGCUUCAAUUACUAUGACAGGGAACAGUUAUGCCAAAGUGGCUCAUUUAGCCAAAUUCAUGAAUCUCGUCAUUCCUUCUGCCUCGACAUUCCACCGGGUACAAGAUGCAUAUGUGACGCCUGCUGUCAACAGGUACUAUGAUUUUGCUCAUGGUAUAAUUAUAGAAAGCUUAGCGAAGCAGGGACAGCCCCUUGAUCUGUGUGGUGAUGGAAGGUGUGACAGUCCAGGUUUUUCGGCCAAGUACCUGCAGUACUCGUUUAUGGAUGCGGCCAGUAGUUACAUUGUUCACCUGACCACGACUGAUAAGAGGGAGGUCGGGUUAAAAAGUCCUAAUAUGGAACGGCACGCUGCGAUAUUGGGGCUAGCCUAUCUCUGUGGAAAAGUUGGCAUAAACUCCUUCACGACAGAUGAUCACAGACCCACAAGAGUACUCUUAGAAGGUAGUCAGCGCUCCGAGACAAAACUAAAGGCACUUUUCCCACAACUAGAAGAUACUGAUGUCCAAAAUAUCCUGAAAGUGAUGCAUUACCUCGAUGUUUGGCACCGGUCGAAAAAGAUAGGAACAGCCCUUGUUGAGCUUGCAAAGAAGGCGAGACACCAAGAGUUGCUAGUGUGGGUCAAGCCAAUAGUAAAUCACUUCUGGUUUAGCUGUGGGACAUGUAAAGGUGACCAAGAUGUUAUCAAGGAAUUGUGGCUCUCUGUCUUGUACCACAUGCAAGGCAUCCAUGAAUGGUCCACGGGACAGUGCACCCACGGUACUGUUGAUGAGGAGAGGCCACCAAUCAAAAGCGAAUCAACCAUUCAAGCUGUGAGGGAAGUGGUGAUGCUGGAGAAACUUCUCCAAGACCUGAAGAUGUAUGUUGGAUUCCACCACACAGGUCUCUUGGAAAAUUUCAACGGCCUCAUUAACAUGUAUGCAUCAAAACGAAACCACUUCGAGUAUAGCACCAUGGUGGCAAGGACGAGACUUGCAGCCAUCGACCACAACCAUCAUAUCCAUCGUGAAAUCGCGACAUCAAAUGGAAAAUCAGUUGUGACAAAAGCGUAUUCCAAAGGAGGUGCGCAGUGGGUUUUGCGGUUCAAGAAAGAACCAAAAAACUACAGUUAUCAUAGAACACUAAAGUUUAUGGUUCUGGAGGAGAGGAGGCAUUACCCGAGUAGGCUUUCAGCCAAGCACGUGAUAGAUGAGUCGGAUCCCAGAAAUAUUGCACCAAACAUUGCCCCAGUGCAGGGAGUCUCCACGGAACAGCUUCUGGAUAAUUACAAGUCCAGAAUGGGAAAGUCUGCAGUUUCGAGGAACGAGGACGAGGUGAAUGAAGAACAGCCGGGAGAACAGCUUGUGUUAGAGUGAUGCAGAAAUGUUUUUGGCCACCUUUCCAACAGCGCAAUGCAAAUUAUUUUCUUAAAAGUAACUGUCUAGGCCUACACCACAGCCAGUGUUCCAGCACGUUUGAAUCCUGUGUAUCUGCCAUCGGGUGCAGGAAACCUUUCGCGAAUCAUCCAAACACAGCAUGAGGGAAUUACCACUCUAACAGAUUUUCCAAGAUAUCCGUACUUUAACAUAAUGAAUUGUCGAUAGCCUGUGUGGCGCAUGGCUCUGUUGUUUCUUUCCCUGUUCAUGUUGGCUAACAUCUCUCUGUUGCCACGGAAUGCCGUGAUAAUUACGUCUUCAUUGAUGCAGACAUUACGCACUGCUGGCUCAAGUGAGACACAUUGUGGCCAGGUUUUACCACAGCAAACUUGCUCGUCUCGAGUAGGCAUCACCCUACACCUUUUACAAGUGCAUCCAUUGGGUGCAUCAGAAGGAGGAGGUUGGGGAGGGAUUCCCCUCUUCUGGUGCUGCAUUUUCAUGUGAUGUUGUUGUAGGGCGGCAAGAAGUUCCGGUUGGUCAUUAACGACCAUCUGUACAAAGUUCCAAACUUCAUCAUUGGUAAGAUCAUGCAAAAACUCCUGAAAAACAGAUGAGUAAUGACAGUUAGUUUGAUGUAGAAAAGUUAGGGUCUCAUAAUUGUGUCAUUUCUAUAUAACCUGACCGCUGUUUUCAAGACACGUCCCUAAUACAUUGUAAUCAGGAUUGUAUUGUAAGUCCUGCAUUUUAAGUCUCGGAGGUGUCCUUGAUACAGUGCCCACUGUAUUACGAGUGGUCUUUCCAUAAAUUCCUUUUCGUUUUUUGGGACACUUACUUCUGGGAUAUCAACUUGCUGGUGGAUUGGCUGACUUGCAUUCUGGCCUGCAUGUCUUGCAACUCCAGUUGCUCUUGGCAUUUCAUUUGAUGGCCCAGGCUGAAGCAAGAUACAAGAACAUUUUUGAAAAGUUUCAAGUUGAAUAAAUAUGAAUUUUUUACCUCAAGACCUAAUCAAUAACUGAAUCUGUCAGGGAGUUGCACUGACACUAUGAAUUUGAUCAGGAGCCAACACUAUUCAAUUGCCUCAUAUUGUUCCAACAACAUAAUUUUGCGUUUUUUUAUUUAACGCGUUACACAAUAUAUCUUUCAAAUAUCUGGUUCCAUAAGCACCUGCUUUGUAUUUACAUGUACUGCAAUGGCUUUGUAAGGACAGUAGAAAAAGAUAUUUGCUUAGCAGAAAUGCAUGCGAUGUGUCACAUAUUAUUUUCAUGCAUGUACCCACCACUUGAUCAUCUUGCACUGGUAUGCUGGAACUCCUCUGCUGCACGCUUUGCAGGCCUGCCUCCUAGAAGUAAGAUGAAAUGAUUUAAAGUUUUCAUCAAAAGGAUUUGAUUUUUGCUGUCCGGGUAUUUGCAAUCUCACUUGUUCAUUUGUUAGUACAGUGAGUAACAAUUAC